GUCGUCUCAAGUAGCACACCGCCUCUAGUCCUUGGAACGUCACUUGAACUCGUUCCAGCUUUAUAUCAGUUGCCACUGACUCGCCACUUUCAAGUCCAAGCGUCAGGCUUCCUCCAUUCAAUACCGUCCCAACUGGUAUCUCUUGCACCGGCAGGACCUCCUCAAACUAUUGACACAUCCGCGAAGUUACGCCAUGACAUCGACAUCGGUUGCCAAUCAAGUACAGUCCCUGCUUCAGGAACCACGGAGGGACAAAUCUGAAGCGAGCGCUCUAUCCUUCCUUGAUGCUCAGUUCUCGUCCCUGGAAGGGCUAGGGAGCAGUGCCGACCUCCACGCUGCGUCGAGCAGGCUGAACACGAGGACGAUGAACUUACGGCUCAGCUCAGCUCAUGCGCUCUCGGGAAGCCGUUGAUGCAUUCAUAACUCAAACUCGUACGUCCACUCAAGAGCACUUGCAUACAGCACAAGAGCUUUCCCUAUUGCGACAUUCCUUGUCGGACGAGCUAGUGCUGCUUGCAGACCAAUUGGAAUCUUCGUUAGGGGGCGUGGAGCGCAAGCCGACGUUGCUGGAAGACAUCGAAUCUCUGCACCGCAGUCUCAAGGAGCUGGAGAGUGUGAAGCGCUAUGUCCAAAUCAUUGAACACGCCCUGCGAUUAAGUGAAGUUGCUGUGAAGCAGGUUGACUCAGCCAGAACACUCUCUUCCCUCAGUGAAUUCGAGGCCUUGGAACGCUUCGUUGGCUCGGUACAGCAAGCAUGCACACCUGUAAAGGAAGUCGCUGGACAGCAGCAGCUUCACAUACUGUCAUUCCUCACAUUUGUCAGAGAUAAGUCCUGGUUAGAUAUGAAGCACGCGUUGUCAAGAACAUUGCUGUCUGCUGCCGAGAAGCUGAACUGGCCACAACCUGUGGACUAUGUCACUGCAGUUCCGGAGGACCGGAAGCGGUUUGAAGCAGCGUUUUUGAACUGCUUGAAGCUGCAAACAAUGGGGGAGGCGAUACGUACAUCACGAAGUUCAAUAUCUGUACACAAAGAGGGUCUAUAUCCAUUGGAGGCGUUAGUAGAACCUGUUGCGCUUCGGUUCAAAUAUCACUUCGAGGGAACGAGGCAAACAAAUAGGCUUGACAAGCCAGAAUGGUACCUCACGCAUGUACUCAACAUCUCACAUGAACAUCAACCGUUCAUGGAGAAAAUUGUACAACCUCUUCUUUCUGCAACCGACUAUCGAGAAGUUGAGGCAUGGCGCGAAUUUACGCUGUUGCUUCUGCCUCUUCUCGAACGAAAACUACGGAAAACGAUUCCUCCUUUAAUUUCGCAUCCCCCGGUCCUUGCUCAUACAAUAUACGAAGCCCUUGCAUUUGACAGUGCGCUUCGAGAAGAAGGGUUCGAUAUCGUUGGAACGACUGCUGCUAGUGGGUCAUCCGGCGGAGGUACGAAGAGCAAAUGGGAAGGCAUCAGUGAAGUUAUUCUUGGUCGCGAAGAGUGGUUCGAAGCGUGGAUGGAAGGCGAGCGGCAAUUCGCCAUGGAUCAGUAUAUGGACAUCAUUAGCUCCUCGGAUGCCUGGCUUAUGACCGAGGAUAGCCCUGAUGAUGCUAUUGUAGCAGAACGGGACCUGAGGCCCACGAAUUCAGCCAGGAGGGUGAAGGCAUUGGUCGAACAAAUUACAGACCGUUACUCCCCCCUCCCCAAGUUUCUCCACCGGACACGAUUCUUCAUCUCAGUACAGCUACCGAUACUCGAAGCAUACCAUUCACGCAUCUCCUCGUCACUGGACGCCUUUGAGACAUUGUCUUCUUCGUUGAUGCGUGCUGUGCCCGGAGCCCUCGGGAGCGUCGGCGUCAGCUCUGAAAGCAUGGGGCGAGCGGGCGAUCCUCAGCGGCUCACUAGCGGGGUGGAAGGCGUGCAGCGUCUCUGUAAAGCGCUCGUAAGCGCGCGGUACAUCAGUGCAGCCUGUGCGGCCUGGGGCGAGGAGCUGUUCUUCCUCGAGCUAUGGGCAGAGAUCAAUCGUCAGGCAUCACUGCGAUCGCGCGUAGAGGAUGUGGCUACGCUACCGAGUCCACUCGGAAGCAACACUGACGAGACCGAGGGCACCAUCUUUGAGACACUCGUCGGUCAGUACGAGAAGUUGGCCGAGCGAGCCGAGGACAUGAUCAUUCACACCAUAUGCGGCGAAGUGGAAGCCGGACUGAAGGCACAUUUCACCGGAAGCUCUUCAACGCAAGUUACUCCCAAUAUCAGCCAUGAACGCCAGGAUGACAUCGCCCUGGCGACAACGUUGCUGGCACCCCUCGCUCUCCUCUCCUCCGAAGUCUCAUUCUUACAGUCGUCAAUCUCGGCGAGGACCGCGGCUACUUUGUACCGUCGCAUUGCGUCGCGUCUCGGCUCAUAUAUUCUGCAGCGUCAGAUCUUCUAUCGUGGACGAGGUCCCAUUCUAGCAGAGAGCGAGCUCUUUGUCGAGACAUGCCAAAUUGCUCUCGCACGCAGCGAUAGAAGUCGGGCGGAAGCACCUUGGAGGCAGCUGCUUCAAGCCAGUCGCUUGAUAGCUCUGGAAGGUAAUCAAUGGCAGAAGGCAGUGGACGCGACCUUCGGCGUCACUGCUGAUCAGGAUUGGGAAGAGGUGAUGCUGGAUGCGGUAGGUGCUACGGAGUUGAGCAGGGAGGAAGUCGGGCAAGUACUGCGAACUAGGGAGGAUUGCGAAUGGUGAACAGUGCCGAAUGUACCUUGCAUGCAGUGUUGGGUUCGUGCAGCGCAGGACCUGGCAUAGAUUAUCAAUUCUUUGAGCUAUCGAAGCGG